CUUCUGUUGUUGAAUCACUCUUAAUCAUUUAUUUCUUUUGAAUCACCAUCUUCAACACUGUUACAAGAAAUUUUGGAUGGUGCAAGUGACUGCACCAACUUUCCCGCCGACCCUCGUCGAUCUCAGCAGAAAUGCAUCUGUCAUAUCAUCAUCCUCCGAAACUGACAUCCCAUCUGAGUUACCCAAGUCUCCACGCCCAAGACCAGCACGAACCUUCUCCUCACCACGUUCCCGAAGCCCACAUUCCCCAACUGCUCCUCCCGCACGACCCCCCAAUUAUCUCACUCGUGAACUCGGAGUAUCCAGCCAUGCACCACCAGAACCUCCACAAGUACAACAGCAGACAAAGGAGAGGAGCAAGAGUAGGAAGAGAUCACGAGAGGCAAGCAGAGCGAGGAGUGCAAAUGGCAGACUGGGAGCUCAAGAAUUUUCCUUUGGGGAUACCCUUGGAGAAGGAUCUUACUCAACAGUGAUGCGUGCACGAUAUAUUCGAACAGGCCAGGAAUACGCUAUCAAGAUCCUCGACAAGAAUCAUCUAAUACGAAAGGACAAGAUGCUCGUAGCCAUCGCAGAGAAAAACGUCCUCGUCAAACUGGGUGCUGGUCACCCCGGAAUCAUACAUCUACACUGGACCUUCCAGGACGAGUGGAGCCUAUUCUUCGUCCUUGACUUGGCAACCAAUGGGGAGAUGCAAUCUCGCAUAUCACGCCUUGGCUCCCUCAGCCUUGCCUGUUCCAGAUAUUACGCAGCACAGAUCGUUGACGCAUUAGAGUAUAUGCAUGGGAAAGACGUCAUACAUAGAGACCUCAAACCCGAGAACCUCCUUCUAGAUGGCCAGUACCGAAUAAAGAUUACUGAUUUUGGUACCGGAAAGUUAUUGGAGAACGGAGCGGAGAGAGCGAACACAUUUGUGGGCACUGCCCAAUACGUCGCGCCAGAGUUGCUAGAGAGAAAUGAGACAAGUAAGAGCUCGGACCUCUGGGCACUCGGUUGUAUCAUCUACCAAAUGAUCUCCGGCCGUUUCGCAUUCCAAGGCCUCAGCGAAUACCUCACCUGGCAAAAGAUCAAAUCUCUCGACUACACCUUCCCUGACGAAUUCGACGAAGACGCCAAGGAUCUCAUACAGCAUCUCCUCGUACGCGAUCCGAAGGAACGUCUCGGCGCCGGCAGUCCAGACUCUGCCCACUCAUACACAGCACUUCGCGCACACCCAUUUUUUGCAUCUGUGUCGUGGGAGACGCUGUGGACCGACCCUGCACCGGAGUUGGAGGCAGGAUUGGUAAAGAAGGAGCUGCCAGUGGUGGGUGAGGCCGAGGGGGGCCAGUGGGAUGAUGUAGGGGAGAUGUGGGAUCGGUUGGUGGGUGAGAAUGCUGACACGGGUAGUGGGAGUGGGGAGGUAAGUGGGGAUGGCGUGGGAUGGGCAGAGGACAGUGAGGGGACGAAGUUACAUUCAUUCAAGGCACGGCAUACAGGUGGUAUGUACGCGGAAGAGGGCCCGAUGGGAGAGGUGCCGGAUUAUCUUCUUGUGUUGCAGUCAAGGGCUAGUGAGGGGAGGGUGAUGCCAGGGCUGGAAGAAGAUCUAGAAGAGACGGAGACAGUCAUUGACGAGCAUGAACACGAGCACGAGCGCGACGCGGGAUUGCCAGAAAUACAGACUACACCACCAAUACCACAGGCCGAAACGGAACCUCUAUCACCAUCGGAAGUCUCUCCUGUUCCUGCUGCGAUCGUCCCAGUAGCUAUAUCCAUACACGUUCCCGGAGCCAAUGGAACAGGCUCAGGCUCCAGCUCUUCAGACGCGAGCCCCGUCGAUAGGGUAGCAUCAGAUUUGGACGUCAAGAUGAGGAUCGACUCAGAUGUGGAGGCGAAGCUGAAACCAAGUCUUUCACGCGGACGUAAUCGCGCGCAGACUCCGGUGCAGGGUAACGGACCAUGUUCUAAUGCAGAUUGGUCAAUCCUCCUCCUACCAUCCGAACGUGUCCUCUUCCAUACCCGCGUCGAGGCUCGGUCACCGAAACGGCGUGGUAGCAAACUGCGUCUCCCGAUUAGCGCAAGCCUCACGAAGACGAAGACGCGGCAGCUGGUGCUUACCAGCAUGCGGCUGUUAUGCGUAAAGCAGAAAGAGGGCGGUCAAGUGAGCUUGAAGAGUGAGGUCGGCUUGGGCUUGGGUUCCGGCAAGGAGCGUGAGAAGCCAAGGGAAGGGAAGGAGAAAGAGCGAGAUGCAGCCAAGGACGGACGAAAUGUGAUCGAGAGCGCAGAGCCGAAAGGCGAGCGAGAGUUUGUUAUUUUGACAUCUACGAGAUCGCAGACUUAUGCUGCGGAGACGAGUGCUAUGUCUGCGAUGUGGGUGGAGAAGAUCAAUGCGGCGCUCUCUCGGGGAAAUGCACAUCUCCAGACGCAGAUACGGACUCAGGCAUGAUGACGUGGGUGGAGACCGGGAUUCGGAUGAUAUCUAAACGUAAUGAAACCGUCUUCAUGCCAUCUGAGCUUGACGAGGGUGGUUGUACUAUCCAUCUCGAAUUUAUGCGCGACUUGGGGAUGACGAUUGUAUGUAGUAAUUGAUAUUGGUAUUGGUAUGCGCGCGCAGAUGUACGGUUGUAUUAUAGGAACGUUCUGUUGGUUUUUGGGAUCUGGGUCUGCGUUAUCAGUAUUUGUGUGCUUGCGGUAGUGGUGGUUUUCCUGGGAUUGAUCUGGGAAUCUGGCUUUCUACGUACUAUAUCAUCAUCAUGUACGACGAAUUUGUAUUACGCGUGGUUGCGUUUGAAGAGAUGUAGUAACAAACUUUCAGAG